CUUUUCCCCUUUCUAUCCCCAUUACCCGCGGUUGUCACCAACAAUGACAGUUGACACACAAGCUUCGUCGUCUGUAAUGAUAAAGUCAGACCUUGGCCAGUUGCUCAUGUGUGGCUUUGAUGGUCUGGAGCCAACUCCAGGUAUCGUUGACCUCAUUGAAAACCACAAUCUUGGCUCCAUCAUUUUAUUUUCGCGCAACAUUGACACACCCGAUCAACUGCGUCGACUGACUGCAUCCCUACAGCAAAUCGCACGACGAGCUGGUCACAAGAGACCCUUAUUUAUUGCUGUGGAUCAAGAGAACGGUGUUGUCCGCCGUUUGGGCAGCAAGAGUGGCACUUAUUUACCAGGCAGUAUGGCCCUUGGAGCACUUGGAUCAUCUACUGCUGCACGCGAUGUGGCCAUCUCUGUUUCAGAAGAGCUACUGUCACUCGGUAUUAACUGGAAUUUGGCCCCUGUUUUGGACGUUAACAAUAACCCACUGAACCCAGUUAUCGGCGUGCGUUCGUUCGGCGAAAAUCCGACAGAAGUCGGUCGGUUGGGCCUGGCUCAAGUCGAAGGCUACCAUCGAGGUCAUGUUGCCACGAGCGUCAAGCAUUUUCCAGGUCACGGCGACACAGCCACGGACUCGCAUAUCGGUGUACCUGUAAUCGACAAGUCAUUGGAAGAACUAGAGCAAGUCGAACUAGUGCCAUUUCGUCAAACUAUGCAUGCUGGUCCGAGUGCUUUGACAUACCCGUCGUCAAUCAUGAUAGCACAUAUUGUGUUGCCACAGAUCACAGAGAAACAAGUGGCAAGCUUGUCACGUGCCGUUGUUACAGAUUUGUUGCGUCGUCGCAUGGGAUACGAGGGAAUUAUUAUUACGGAUUGCCUUGAAAUGGAGGCUGUCAAGGACACGGUGGGCACUCCCGAAGGAGCAUUGGAAGCACUGCGUGCAGGAAAUGAUAUGGCCAUGAUCUCGCACACGUUCGAGCUUCAGCGCAGAGCAUUUGAUCUGCUAUAUAACGCAUACGACCAAUGCCAACUGGAUCUAGAGGCGCUGCAAAAGUCAUGCAAGCGGGUGGAGCAGCUCAAGGACCGGUUUUUAACCUGGGAUAUUGCAUUAGAUAACAUGCCGCCACUUACAAAACCUGUUCUGGAGCUGAGCGAGCGACUGUACAACAAAGUCCCUACUAUUGUUCGUGACAACAAAAACAAUAUACCUAUCCAGCCAAAGAAGGGCACCUACAUUCUUUUUCUUGCUGCACAUGUCCCACAAACACUGGCCAUCGAUUCUGAAGUAUGGCCGUUCGAUUCAUUCCAUCAAUCACUGGUGAAACGACACAGCAACAUCGACUACAUUAUAUAUACACCUGGUAGCGAUAUUGGCGAGCUGACUGAGUCGAUCCGCAAGGCAGACUGGGUAAUUAUCGGUACUGCCAAUGCUAACUUGCACACCUUUCAAGUCGACAUGGUGAAGCAUGUACACAAGGAGGCCAAGCGGUUGGUGGUUGCUGCUGUGAUGAAUCCAUAUGACUUGAUGGCUUUCCCGGAAAUUGAUACCUAUGUCGUUGCAUACGAAUACACACCUCCAGCGCACGAAGCCGCUAUUAAGGUCAUCUUUGGAGAAACUACUCCCAACAGCAAGUUACCUGUGACAAUCCCUGAUGUAACACUCAGCAAAAAGCAGUCAACCUGUAUGAUUGAGAAAUACGAUCCCAAACUUCAUCUGGAUGGCGUGACGUCGUUAUGGGAUGAAGUGUUUGGUUUGAGAUGGCCGCUUGCUAUCGACAAGAUGGAAAAAGCGUUGCGCACUGCCUUGAACGGCAACCAUUGGAUAGCCGCAAACAGCCAGACCGGCGCAAUAAUUGGUUUUGUUGCUACACAGACCAAUUAUGUGGACAAGAGAGGUGAGCUGAUGCUGUUGAUGACUAGUCCAAAGCACGAAGGACGUGGUAUCGGUACACUUUUACACGAUCAUGCACUUGAUGACUUGCGAAGUCGAUCUUGCAACGCAUUUAUGCUCGGAUCCACCUAUCCUCGCUUCUUCCCGGGUCUUCCUGAGGACAAAGAGCAACAUCAAGGUUUCUUCGAGCGACGUGGAUGGAAAUUCCAACUUAAGCAGGUGUGGGAUCUCAUGGGAAACCUGGGCCAACGUGAUAGUAAUGACGAGACGGUCGAGGAUCGUAUGCGCCGAGAAAACAUCUGGUUUGGCAGAAUCAAGCCAAGCCAAUUGUGGGAAUUGUAUGCAUUCCAGCAGCGUUACUUUUCACAUUGGCUUGCGACCUAUCAGCAUCAUGCUGAACUGGGAGAUUUCCAGGAUUUGCUGGUGGCUCGUCAGGACAAUGCAAACGGAAAGCUCCUUGCCAGCCUGGUUUUGAAUACUACACAUACGACCCAUCCAGACCGUGGUGAUUUGAUAUGGACGGAUGACACACUGUUUACCGAAGCAAGCGGUGGAAUGGCAUGUGUGGGUGUUGCCGAGGAAGAACGUGGUCGAGGUAUUGGUUUGGGUAUUGUCGUCAAGGCCAACCAGAUCCUGAAGCAGCGGGGAGUCCAAAAGUCAUACGUGGAUUGGGUCGAGCUCAUUGACUUUUAUCGCCGCACUGGGUAUGAGAAAUGGCGUGGCUACCGUACAGCUGCCUUGUGAUCUGUAACGAUGGAGAGAUGUACCAUUAUACGUAUGUCAAUUCGACUUGUAAAUUUUUGUAUUGACAUGCGAUGCUGAGGUCACACACAGCUAUCUUCAAUAAACUAUUAAAGGCACUUUCAAGGUGCAAGUGCAAAUAAAAAAGUAAUGUGAU